AGGGGGGGGGUUUACCCGGUCUGUCGGUCUCUCCUCCCUCUGCUGCAGCCGCCAUGCUGCUGUCGGUCUCCGUGCAUCCCGGUCCGGUGUCUCUCUCCUCCCCGCCACAUCAUCCCUGAAUCCCGGGUUAGCAGGCUCGGUUGUAGCUGUCUGGAUCCACCGGAACCUAAACGCAACACCGGGUAAGAGAGGAGAAAGCCUCCAUAGCAACAAACCGGUUUAACGGCAUUAUUGCUAGUGAUGGAGGGAUGAGAGGACGCUGAGGGACAAAGUGUGACACCAACAACCAGCCGGAGAACCAGGACUAUAAACCCUUGGUGUAAAGAAAGCAGUUCCAGAAGACAGGAGUCAUUGUUUACCGCUGUUGGACGAUGCAUCCUGUGUAGCCGAGACUCUUUUUGAACGUUUCUGGUCAGUUUUGUCACCACCAUGUCUUUGAGCAAGACCCUCGAGUUGGAGCACUUUGACGAACGCGACAAAGUUCGCCGAGGACGAUCCACCCGAACCAAAAGAGAUGAUACAACAUCUGGAAGAGGAGGAGGGUCCGGUCCAAAUUCCCGGGCCAGCAGUUUGGUCCCGAGUCCGGCCCACAGCGCUAAUUGUAGCUACUACAGAACCAGGACCCUGCAGACGCUAACCUCGGAGAAACGAGCCAAAAAAGUCAGGUUUUAUCGCAACGGAGAUCGGUACUUCAAGGGUUUGGUGUACGCGGUGUCCAGUGAUCGGUUCAGGUCCUUCGAUGCGCUGCUGAUGGAGCUAACGCGCUCUUUGGCGGAUAAUUUGCAUCUUCCACAAGGGGUUCGUUCGAUCUACACGAUAGAUGGCGGGAAGAAGAUCACCAGCAUGGACGAACUGAUGGAAGGCGAGUGCUACGUGUGCGCCUCCAACGAGCCGUACCGCAAAGUGGACUACACCAAGAUCUCCGUCCAGAGCUGGAAACCGGGCGUGGCCACCGGCCCCUCCUCCUCUUCCUCUCGACCCUCCACUGUGUCCGCGGGGGUCUCAGCGGGCGGCGCCGGCCCCUCCAGGGACCGUCCGGAUGUCCGUGAGGGCAGAGAGAGCCGAGAGAGCAGAGAGAGCAAAGACUUCAUCAAACCCAAGCUGGUGACGGUGAUCCGGAGCGGAGUGAAGCCUCGUAAGGCCGUGAGGAUCCUCCUGAACAAGAAGACGGCGCACAGCUUCAAUCAGGUCCUCGCCGACAUCACAGAGGCCAUCAAACUGGACUCUGGCACCGUGAAGAGGCUCUACACGCUGGACGGGAAGCAGCUGACCUGUCUGCAGGAUUUCUUCGGGGACGACGAUGUGUUCAUGGCCUGCGGGCCGGAGAAGUUUCGUUACGCUCAGGACGACUUUGUGCUCACACACUGCAUCAAAACACCAGCGUUUGUAAACGAGUGCAAAACAAAGGUGUCACGUCCCCCUGUCCCUCCAAAAACUACAACUCCCAAGACCCCUAGCAGUUCGGGCUUCUCCCCUAAGACCCCCCCCAGAGGAGGCCUCCCCAGGGCUACGUCUCCAGCCAAUGAGGCGCCAAGUGGGCGGUCCUCCAGAACAAGCCCCUCCCCCACGAGCCCCGGGGCCCGACGCAGCCUCAAGGUCUCGCCUCGUCGUUCUUCCUCCACAGACGUUAACGGAGAAUCUGAGCAGCCUGAAGACAACACUUUGGAAGUGAACGGUAAUCGCUCCGUUUCCUCGUCCGUCAUCAACGACAAGUACAAAGUGGGGAAAGUGAUCGGAGACGGAAACUUCGCCGUGGUGAAGGAGUGUGUCGAGAGGGCGACGGGACAGGAGUACGCCCUGAAGAUUAUUGAUAAAGCUCGCUGCUGCGGGAAGGAGCACCUGAUAGAAAACGAGGUGUCGGUGUUGCGGCGAGUUCGCCACCCGAGCAUCAUCGAGUUAAUCGAGGUGGACGAAACGCCGAGUCAGCUGUUCCUCGUCAUGGAGCUCGUUAAGGGCGGGGAUCUGUUCGACGCCAUCACUUCCUCCACUAAGUACAGCGAGAGGGAUUCCAGUGCGAUGGUGUUUAAUCUCUCAGGAGCCGUGAAGUACCUGCACCGCAUGAACAUCGUGCACCGAGACAUCAAGCCAGAGAACCUGCUGGUGUGUGAGUACCCAGACGGCACUAAGUCUCUGAAGCUCGGGGACUUCGGGUUAGCGACGGUCCUGGAGGGGCCGCUCUUCACGGUGUGCGGGACGCCAACGUACGUCGCUCCAGAGAUCAUCGCAGAGACCGGUUAUGGUCUGAAGGUGGAUAUAUGGGCGGCGGGGAUCAUCACCUACAUCCUGCUGUGUGGAUUCCCUCCUUUCAGAAGUGAGAACAACGUGCAGGAGGAGUUGUUUGAUCAGAUCCUCCGAGGGAAGCUGGAGUUUCCGUCUCCGGACUGGGACGACAUCAGCCUCCCAGCCAAGAUGCUGAUUAGUCAGAUGCUGCAGGUGAACGUUGACACUCGAUUCACCGCAGAGGAAGUCCUCUCUCACCCCUGGGUGACGGAUGACCCUCACACUGCUGAAGAACAAGCCAGUGGAGACGCUCUGGAACCACUGGAACCAGAGCAGGAAUCCGCCGAACUGGAAACCAAACAGGUUCCCUCCCCUCUGGUCUGAAAACACACCACAUCUCAUCGACUGGAACCACACGAAACACCACUUGAUGGGUCGACUGGAAACCCAAAAGAUUCCCAGUUCUGGUCAAGACUCGUCCAGGAAACCAGAGGGUUUCCAACACAUUUGGUCUAGAAAUCGUCCCGUUUUGGAAAAUAAAGGAGUUGUAUGUUCUGGAAGACUCACAAGUCCAUCAUCGGUCUAGGAUAGGACCGGUUUACCCUAACUGGAAACCCAAUGAUUUCUCUUCAAUCUGAACAACUCCCUGUUUCUACUGGAAACCCCCAAAAAGAUUCCCAGUUCUGGUCAAGACUCGUCCAGGAACCAGAGAAUUUCGAACAAAUCUGGUUUAGAAAUUGUCCUGUUUUGGAAACUAAAAGGAGUUUUAUCUUCUGGAAGACUCACAAGUCCAUUAUCGGUCUAGGAAAGGACCGGUUUACCCCUGAUGGGAACCCAAUGCGUUCUCCUUAAUCUGAACUAGAACAACUCCCUGUUUCUACUGGAAACCCCCACAAAGAUUCCCAGUUCUGGUCAAGACUCGUCCAGGAAACCAGAGGAUUUCGAACAAAUCUGGUUUAGAAAUUGUCCUGUUUUGGAAACUAAAGGAGUUUUAUAUUCUGGAAGACUGACAAGUCCAUUAUCGGUCUAGGAAAGGACCAGUUUACCCCUGAUGGGAACCCAAUGAUUGCUAUUCAAUCUGAACUAGAACAAGUCCCCGUUUCUUCUACUGGAAACCCUAAAAAGAUUCCCAGUUCUGGUUAAGACUUGUCCAGGAAACAUCUCGUCCUGUUUUGGAAACUAAAUAAGUGUUUCUUCUGGAACCCAAACAAUCCCACGACCACCUUUUUAGGAUAUGUCUUUACCCCAAUGACUUCUCUUGAAUCUCAACUAGAAAACCCCAAAUCAUCCCCAUUUCUAGUUAUGAAUGUUCCAGAAAACCAGAGAAAUCUAGAACUAGUCCCAUUACCCUUAAAUCUGAACUAGAACAUCUCCCUGUUUCUUAUACUGGGAAACAUAUUCCAACAUUCCUCUAUAAAUGUAAUAAAUAGCAAGUUUCCCCAAUUCUGCUGUUGUAAUCCAUCCGGUUUUAGGUCAAGGAAACCAAUCGAACUCCUGAACCCAUGAAAUCCAUGAUUUUGGUCAGGAAAAAUUCCCGUUUCAUCUCCUGGACAAUGAGCAAAUUUGGUCUAGAGCUCAUUCUCUUCAUUCACCUUAAGCUAAACUCAAGUAUCCCUAAAGACGUUCCACUAUCAACAGGUUUCUUCACCUCUCGUCUAGGACGCAUAUCGCUCAACUGGAAACAAAACCAAGGUCUCAGUUGCUAUUUCCAGUUCAUCUUGUGGAAACUGCCUCUGGUGUAGACUCUCUUUUAAUCUCCUGAAGACUUUCACAAGUCCCGUCUCUGCUGCUGUACUGGAAAGUAUUUAUUUGAAUCACUUCUCUAUCAUGGAAUAGGGGCCUAUUUUCUUCUGUCUGGACACUAACGGGUACUUGAAGGAUAACUCCAUAUUAACUUUGGGACACCAUGAAGGUGCUUUUGGACACUUCCUGUUUUAAUACCCAGUGUCUCUUGGGACUGGACCCAUUUCCUGAAAAAAUGGCCCUUACUUCUGGGAUAUGAACCACUGAUUUACUGACAAACGUUCCCUCUGGUUUAGGGAUCACAUUCCCAGUAUGACCAGGAUGUCUUCCAUUUGUUCUGGAAAACGUCCCAUUUAUCCUGCCUUUACCUGAGGAGAUUUCUGAGUACUGUGCCUGUUUACGCUGCUGAUAAAAUAUCCUAAAUCUCAGCUCUUACCUUCCAUAAGUUCACCCAUUCAGACACUAGCAUUCGUCAUUGGCUGUAUAGACAGAUAAGGCCCAUUGUUUUUAUGGAUUUUUCAUAAUUUUGCUGUCUUUUGAAAAGGUAAACCAUUGGUUUAAUGGGAUAGUUUUGGGAUUUUUGCCAUUUGUAAAGAGUUAUAUAGGAAAAUGUCUGCCAAAAGACUAAAGAAGACUAUAUCCAAAGCUCCGGAAAUGUCUAAGGGUCACUAAUUAUUGCUUUUAGGUUCAUUGGUUUAAUCAAAAGACUUAAAGGCAUAACAAAUUGGCAAAUUGUGCUGUAUUUCCCCAAAACAUGUGCCCAACAUUUAACAAAAAAAGGGUUUUUACAGACAAAUUUACACUUGGUUUAUGGUUGUAAAGAUUAGUCCAAAAACUGAUAUUUAAAGGAUGUGUUUUGGGGGAAAUACGUCAGAAAAAAACCUAAAAAUAAUGAGCCUCCUCUACAUAGACUCCACUCUUAUCACCUGUCCUCGUACUGUAACUCAGAUUAAUGAGUGACUUCUAAACCUCACACUUUAAAAAAAACAGACCUUUUAAAGGUUUUUAGCUGCAGUCUGACGGCUCGUCCCUCCUGCAGCGAGCGGGGGAUAAAACAUGUUGUAAAUACUGUAAAUAUCUCUCUGUCUGUUGGUGUCUGUCUGUGUGAGUCCGUGUUGAAGUAGGGAAACAGUAGCAGUUCUGAAAACAAAAAAUACUACAAUGAAAAUAAACAAUCUCAUCAUAAACGUGUGUCAGCAACCUGAAGAAAGCCUUGUUUAUACCCCCCAAAAAACUCACAUUUAUAGCGUUUUAAAAUGUACAUAUCGGAAGUUAUUUAAGUACAUUCACUUGAGUAGUAGAAUGGGAUACUUCUACUACAUUUCAGAGAGAAAUAUUAUACUUUUUGCUCCAUUACGUGUUUCGGACAGCUGUAUUUCAGUAGAAUUUUAAGUACAAAUGCUAAUAAAACACAAAAUAAAUCUACCUACCAAACUUUGAAGAACAUUUCCGAAUGAAUUUUAAUUUAACAAAUAUUAAUCAGUGUAUGUUUAGGUAUUUUUCUGCCAAAUAUUUACUGAUAUCAGCUUUAAAAAAGUGACAAUUUGCUGCUUUUCUUUGUCUUGAAUUACAGAAACCUAAAUAAAUUUGAAGUUUUGAGUGUUUGACAAUAGUAUAUAUUAAAUGACAUAAUAGCAUAUCAUUAAAUAUACUAUAUUAACUCACAGGGAACAAUUUACUGCUUUAAGUACUUCCUAAAUACACUUACUUCCUAAACUAACAAAUUAACUUGUAAUGGAGUAUUUUUAUUAUUUCUAUUAGUACUUUUACUGUUGUAAGAGUGUCUGAAUACUCGACAUGUGGAAAAAGUACUUUAUCUCCUAAUUUAAAUAUUAAAAAAUCAAGGUUUCUGAGGGAUGCUGACCAGCCGUGAUGAAAGAGUUCUUACCUGUGAAGUCCAUCCUGUAGCAACCGUUGCCCGGCAACAAAGGAAUGUUAUGGCAUUAUGGGAUGGAUCUCUUUCCUUAUAUGGUCACAAUGUCAAUCAUCCAUCCACACAUCCGUCAUGCUGUCUGUUGGAGGAGAGAAAGGUGUGUGUGUGUGUGUGAGUAAAUAAGUGUGUGAAUUAAUUAACUUGUAUGAGUUUGAAUAUUACUUCAAAGACAUGAAAUGAUUUGUCUUUUUUUUGGGAUAAAUGCGUCGACUCGAUGCAGUGCUGUGACCUUACCGUGACCUUUGACCUUAGCACGACCUCUCCAUGGCCUUGACCUUAUGGCCACAGCCGCUGAUUAAGAGUUUUCACAGGAAUUCUGUCACUUAAAUCCACAAAAUAUAACAAAUCUUUAAAAAACAAAACUAAGAUUAGCAUCACAAAUUAUAUUUUGUUCAGUCAAAUUGUUAUCAAAAAAGUUCAAAUUAAUGCAUUUAAAUAUGUAUUAAACACCAAAUCACAGAGGGAGCGUUAUACUUAUGACACUGAUAAAUAAUGAGCUUAUUUUUGGGAUGCUAGCGAGGUAAACAGUCCAAAUUCAAACACAUUGUAGGUCAGGUGAUAAGGGGGCACGACAUCUCUAAGCGGUUGACCAAUCACAACAGAGCACUGGGCUUGUGUGUAUAUAUAUAUAUAUAUAUAUAUAUAUAUAUAUAUAUAUAUAUAUAUGAUUAGUUUGAAUAAAAAAGAAACACUUAAUGUUACAAAAUGUUCCGGUAAAGCUCUGUUAAUCAGCGGCUCAGCCUCCACCUUCUUGCCUGUGAUGAACCCUUUAGUCUUAAUUAAUUUCUCUUUGCUUUAAACCAAACCAUGAGGAGCCUUCUGUUGAUGCACUGCAACACCCGGGUCAACACACAGCUGAAAUAUCUCUGUUCUGCACUUCUAAAAAUAUGUUUUAGAUAAGAUAGAAGUGGCUGGCAGUUAUACUAAAAACACAUCCAAAUGUUUUUAAACUGGCUUUCGACAUAUCAUUUGGUUGAUUUCUGGCAAAGAAUUGUUUAAAAACAUCACUUUACGUCAAUUAAAUAAUGCUAAAUAUGCAAGUAACUGUUUCUUUUCUUACAUGUAGGGUUUGUAUCCAAGAAAAUACAAAGAUUUAGCAAAGUGUUUCCAAAUUCCCUUUAAAAAAAAUGGUAAGAAAAAAUUCAUUAAACUACCUAACGAUGGUCAUUGAACGCACCAUGCAAACUUUUUUCCCGUUACGUGCUGCAUUCAAGUCCCAUACAAAUAAUUAUGCUUAUUUAAGUGACAUUUUUGUUUAUUAUCCAGGUUGCAAUGAUUCUGGGAAAUCAGAAUUGACUGUAUUAAUUAACAUUCAAUUGUUGACAAAAGUAAAGGAAAAACGUCCCAAGAUAUUUCCAAUUAUCUUUCCUGGUACUUGAAUGCAGCUUUAAUUUACAGGUAACUUGGAUUAAUGAAUAAUUUCAGAGACAAUCCAUUUAUUGCCAUUGUCUUUUAAGCAUAAACUUGAAUUAUUGGGUAUAUUUCAGGGUGUUUUGACCCGGGGGGGGGGGGGCUGCAGUUAUUUGGUCCUUUGUGUGUUUUUAUUAAAUGCAGGAUGUGUGUGUGUGUGCGAUCAUUUCAUAUCAUGCCUCAUUUUAGACGAGAACUGAUUUUUUAAAUGAAUUGCGAGAUAGGGUUUCAAACCUAAACGGGGCUGGUUUUCCUAAAGGGAUUCUCAAUAUGAUCAAAAUAUAAUAAAAUGUGAACUUUUAAAGACUGAAGUUUUGCUGCUUUAAAAAGUGUUAUUUCAUCUGGAAAAUGAAGCAAGGAUGCUCUGAGUAUUUUAACAUUUAAAUUGAGUGUUUGUUGUGGGAUCAUUUUAGGAAAACUAGUCCCGUGUUGCAGUGGAAGGAGAUGUUUUAACGAUGAUGUGUAACGUGUGUUGAUAUGAAACGUGUGUUUGUGGGAUCAGGGUGACGGCAUUCACAGAAAAAUAAAAACCCUGAUGUGGAGAAACGAUGAAUUCAACUGUGAAAAUAAAAACUGGUGCAGAGGCAUCAUGUUAUCCUGAA